AUGAAAUGCAAAAGUUGCAUACCAUGCCUUGCUGCAACGAAAACAAAUUCGUCAGAACCAUUGAAUACGAGUGAAAUGCCGGAAUAUACAUUUCAGCAUGUUAGCUUGGAUUUUGCAGGACCUUUUCCGAAUGGAAAACACCUCCUUGUUCUGACAGACGAAUAUUCAAGGUUUCCAGUAGUAAAAAUUAUUAACUCAACCUCUUCAAAGACAGUCAUUCUUAAAUUAGACAGUAUAUUCUCAGAAUUUAGAAUUUGCGAAUUUCUAAAAUCAGAUAAUGGUCCUCCAAUGAAUGGACACGACUUUGCACAAUUUGCGAAUUAUAUGGGAUUCAAACAUAGAAGAAUUACUCCAUUGUUGCCGCAAGCGAACGGUGAAUGUGAACGUUUCAUGCGAUCGAUAGGUAAAGCAAUACGCGCAUCCCAUGCUCAGGGUACAUCUUGGAAACAAGACAUGUAUUCAUAUUUACGAAAUUACCGUGCAACACCACAUGCUUCCACCAACAUUUCACCAGCUGAAUUGUUUUAUGAACGUUCAAUAAACAUCAAAAUACCGAGUGUUCAAAUACCUUCAAAAGGAGACAAACAUAAGAAAGCAAGACAAUCAGACAAAAAGGCUAAGCAAAAAAAAAUGAAGUCUUAUGCUGAUACUAGACGUAAUGCUUAA